CAUCCUGAGAAAAUCCCUGGCUGCCAUUGGAGAGAGAGAGACAGAGGGAGAGAGAGAGGGAGAGAGAGCCCAGUGGCACGAGCCAGCUGGACGCAGACGCAGGAGAAAGACUAUCGCAGGACGAACGAACGCAGUAUCCAUCACUUCAGCUGAUGUAACCACACAGCGUAUGUUGGUGUCACAUAUUUAACCACAGUUGCUUCGUGAUAAAAAAAAAAAGAGGGAGACAAAAGGAGGCGAGAAAAUGGGACAUACCGCAAUACCUAUAUUGAUGGCUGUUUUGUCCUACUGCGCGUGGGAACACGUCGAGGGUCUGGCCAUGACCGAGGUGAACGGGCCUGUUGUCCAGGUGGCCGAGCCGCAGAUCGCCAUGUUCUGUGGCCAUCCGCUGUUGCACGUGAACUUACAGACGGGCCAGUGGGAGCCGGAUGCUCAGGGCCGCCAGGGCUGCUUCAAAGAGCCUAGCGAAAUCCUGUCCUACUGUCAGGAGGUGUACCCAGCACUUACCAUCUCCCACAUAGAGGAGUCAAAAAGACCCGUCACCAUCCCUUCAUGGUGUAAGAGAGGCUGGGGCCACUGCCAGACACACCCCUUCAUUGUGUUUCCCUUCCGCUGCCUAGAGGGCGAGUAUGUGAGCGAGGCCCUGCUGGUGCCCGACCGCUGCCGUUUCCUCCACCAGGAGCAGAUGGAUGCCUGUGAGAGCUACGUGUACUGGCACAAUAUUGCUAAAGAGGAGUGUGCUGCUGACAAUCUGGAGCUUCACAGCUAUGGGAUGCUGUUGCCAUGUGAAGACCAUUACAGGGGGGUGGAAUAUGUGUGCUGCCCAGGCCGAGGAAGCUCCACUGGGAAGGGAGAGACAGAGGAAAGAGACCCCCCAGCUGGUCCUCAGACCCUUACUCCACAGUCCAGCGCAAAACACAACUCUAUCACCAAAGUGACCGCCCCAACCCCAAGCCCCUCACCUGACACCGAUAUGGAUGAGGCUGAUAUGGAAGAGGAGGAUGACGAAGUGGUAGAGGAAGAGGAGGAGGAAGAGGAAGAUGAAGUUGAUGACGAGGAGGCGGAAGAUGAAGAGGAAGAGGAGGCGAUCGCUGUGAAGGAUCCCGAGGAGUACGAAUACCCCAUUGACUCAGGUCCGUACCAGACAUCAGACUAUCUGGACUCCUUCUACUACGAGAAAAGCCACAAACCCACCACCUCGGCUCCCCUGAUGAAGGGCGACAGCUUGACUACAACUCGGCCCACAGAUGGCGUUGAUGUUUAUUUUGAAAGGCCAGUGGAUGACACUGAGCAUGCCAACUUCCUGCGUGCCAAAACAGACCUGGAGGAGCGCAGGAUGAAGAGAAUCAAUGAGAUCAUGAAGGAGUGGGCUGAAGCAGAUAACCAAUCAAAGAAUCUGCCAAAGUCAGAGCGACAGGCCCUGAAUGAGCACUUCCAGUCUGUGCUGCAAACUCUGGAGGAACAGGUGGCCGGAGAGAGGCAGAGGCUGGUAGAGACUCAUCUUGCCAGGGUGGAGGCCAUACUCAACAACAACCGUCGCCUGGCCCUGGAGAACUACCUGACCGCCGUACAGUCUGACCCCCCUGAGCCCGAGCGUGUGCUGCAGGCUCUGAAGCGCUACAUGGCUGCAGAGCAGAAGGACCGCAGACACACACUCAGACACUACCAGCAUAUCGUGGCUGUUGACCCCCAGAAGGCUGAGCAGAUGAAAUUCCAGGUGUACACGCAUCUCCAUGUUAUUGAGGAGAGGAUGAACCAGAGUCUGGCCCUGCUAUACAAAGACCCCACCUUAGCUGAAGAGCUGCAUGAUGAUAUCCAAGAGCUGGUCAAGGCAGAGAGAGGAGACAUCAGUGAGCUAAUGACCACGUCCUUCUCUGAGACGCGCACGACCGAGGAACUCCUGCCAGCUGAGAGUGAGGAGGAGAAGGAUGAUGAGGAAGAAGAGGAGAGAGCUUUCCAGAACAGGCCUUAUCCUCCACGCGUUGAACUACAGUCAAAUAAGAAAGUGUCUGCAGUUGAUGAAUAUGAUUAUACCACAUCUGAGAGAGGCCCUACAUAUGAAUAUGAGGAAAAGAUUAACACCUCUGUGGAGCUCAAGCAGGUAGUCAACAAGCCUGCUGAGAUUGAAAGAGAUGAGCUGCAACCUGAUGCCUUGGAGACAUUUAAUCGUGGCGCCAUGGUGGGGCUGCUGGUGGUGGCCGUGGCCAUUGCUAUGGUGAUGGUGAUCAGUCUGCUGCUGGUGCGCAGGAAGCCAUACGGCACUAUCAGCCAUGGAAUCGUAGAGCAGGUUGACCCCAUGCUGACACCUGAGGAACGGCAGCUCAACAAAAUGCAGAACCACGGCUACGAAAACCCCACCUACAAAUUCUUUGAACAGAUGAACUGAGGUACUGGUGCCACCAACAAGUCAUGCCUGACCACUUGUUUUGUCCCCCCCUCCCCACAUUCCUCCCUCCUUACAGUGAUGUCCCAGCUACACUCCUUUGAUGAUGUGUUGCAAACGUAAAGUAACUGGAUAAGUAGGGGGUACAUCCCAAACCCAUUGUAAAUGACCAACCUAUCAUCAUGACCAGAAUGUGAAUAUUGAGAUAAAAUACACACUCACAUCACUUCCUGUAAUGUAAUACUCCUCUGGGUUAGAGUCUGAGCAUUGUUCUCUGCAUUAGCGAUGCUGUGUCGUUUCAUGAUCCUCAAAACCAUCCCAGUGGCAUGACUUGACCUGUUGCCCCUCACUAGAAACUGAAGCUGAACGGUGCAUAAUGCUUUAUAGUAUUUAUUUUCAGUAGUAGUUUCUUUGCUGAAGUUGUACCACAGUUAGAUAUUCUGUAUCUGUUAAGAUGAGUGUGGGUGAAAGCCUAGUUAAAUUAUUGUGAAAUAAAGACAACUCAGUGGGGAAAGGGUGGCUAGCAAGCUAACCCAAACCCCUUUGAGUUAAUGUAACAUCUGAUAUUAGGAAUAUAAUGUGAGGAAGGGGAUUUUUGAGACAUUUAGGCUUCACUUAAAAACACUGAAGUAAAAAAAAAAACUACACUAGAUCUUUUAAGAUGGUACAAGAAACACAUUUUGACUUUUAGUCAAUUUAAAUGAUUUGGCAAAAUAUACCAAAUAUUCAAUUUAGCUUAAAGAGUCAGUUAGUUUCCUUUGUACUGGCACCUAAAGAAGUUUAAAACAGAAAAACCAGAAGUCCAUUAUUUUACUGAAAGCAUGACAACUUGGCUGCUGUAUUUAUUUGUGUUGUUCUUGUCAUUGCUUUUGAAGAGUCAGAAACGUCACCGUUCAAAGUGGACACUGUAAAUAACGUAAGAAAUACAUACAACUAGAUGUAGACAUUUCUAUGAUUAAUUUGCAUCGAUGUUAUAAUGGAUUAAUACAUAAAAAUAGUACAUUGUGCUGUAACGAGAAGGAGAAACAUUUUCCUAACAUGGCUGAUUGAAAACGGACUGUUGUAAAAACCAGCACAAGACAAUGACACAGUUACUUCUUUCUGAAUGUAUUUAAGGUAGACGUCGAGAUUCCAUCUUCUUUUCGCAUCAUUUCCCCAAGUAGAGCGAGUAGUGAAGUCUGACACGUCCAGCAGACAGACUACAUGCCUGAUGCCCUUCAUCACUUCCUGUAGCAGCCUGUUCAUUUGUCACAUUUGAGCAGAGGAGGUUAGAUGUGUACAGAGAAGGAGAGUGUAAAGAGGCCACAGCUAUAGUCAUGUGAAAUGCCAGUGUGUGUAGUAUGUCUUAAAACAGACCACACUUAGGCAUGGUGGUUGAAAAAAUACUCUGUGAGUCUUCAAAUCUGCCACAUUUGGACACAACAACAUUGAAUGUUAUAGACUCUAUAGACGCUUUAUUUAAGUUACUAGCUUUCACUGAAUGACUCGUCGUAGUUUGUGAUAUUUAAGAUCAACAUAGUACCCUGUACAGGUAAGUGGAAAAGGGAUAGUCCCUUUUUCUGGCUGAUUGUUAACUGCGUAGUGUCAGGCUAAUUCUGUCAAAGCAUCUUGGUUGAGGAAGGUCACAUUUUGACAUUGUGGGAUGUUGCUUUUUUCUUAUCAGUCUUUAUUUGUAUGCUAGAGUAUAGAGAAGAUAAUCCAGACCAAAAUCAGUUCAUUUUAAUUUCACACUGAAGGGAGUUUGCUUUAAAAGCCUGUGGAAGAAAAGUAAUUUUCUUAUGUUUUAGGUAAAGUUUGCUUUAUAAAGCAGCAAAAAAAAAAAAAAAGACUUUGACUAUCAGAUUUUUUCAUUGAUCUUCUGUUUCUCUGGUUAGGCAGGUGAGUUGCAGGUUGCGGUUACAUUAUGACGGGUGAAGAGAAGUCAUAAGCCCUUGUAUAAUUUGUACAGCUACGUUAGUGAAUGAAAACGUUGUAUGUUCACAGUUUAAGUCAGUCGAUCUUGUAAUGAUACUACUGAAACCAUAGAUGAGAAUAAGCUUGCCUGUGUUUCCCAAACCACUGAAGGUUUCCUACCAGCAUUUAGCAGACGUAGAAUGGUGUAUACUGUAGUUACUCAAAUCACAUUUGUACGUACGUCCUCUGUCAAAUUCUAGACUUCUUUGUUGGUCUGUCCCCUUAAAUCCCCCUGAUGAAAUAUAAAAAAUGUUAUUGAGAUUUUAAUUGCUGCAUUAUUGCCUUUUACAACGCUGUGUUUUGGAUGUAAUUAUUCUGUAUUUUUUAUUUCUAUGUAACAAUCAGUUGGAUCAAGGGUCAUGCUUUUCACCUGUAAUGUAAAUCUAGGGUAUCGUAUGAGAAAACAUUGACAUGUUUAUAAUGUUAAGAAAUGUGAACUAUAGACAGACAAAAGGCCUCUUCCUAAUUGACAAGGAGUGGCACUAAGCACAAGUAGAACCAAAUGAUGCUAAAUGUUAGACAUUGAUUGUCUGUCCUGAUUCAAUUAUACUGCAUUGAUUCUUGCAUCAUUAGGAGAGAGCUGUUCUUCAUUUUCAUUCAGACCUUUAACCAAAGACAUGCUCCACAAACACACAGACAGAUAUCAAUUUGGAGAAACAACAACAUAAAAACUGUCUGAUGUGUAAUUGUAAAUCUGAGAAAUUAGAAAGCUAAUGUGUAAUAAAACUGAAUGGCCCAUUAAA